AUGACAACCCUCUCCUCCCUCCCCAACGGCGCCGCCACCGACCCCCUCUCCUCCCCAGACUACGACCCCAUUGACCACCUCAACACCAUCUUCUCGCACCCCUCAAGCCUCUCCCGCGUCACACCCACCCUCUCCGCCCUGCAAACCCACGAAACCCACCUCUCCUCCCAAAUCAAACACCUCACAACAACCCAAUCCUGCUCCCACGCAGAAUGUCUAUCCGGCCUGCAAACCUCCCGCGCCGAACUAGGCUCCCUCCUCUCCCGCAUCGACUCCUUACGAGCCAAAGCGCUCGCUACGCAGCAGAACAUCACGUCUAUGACGGCUGAGAUCAAGGCUCUGGACACCACGAAGAAGAAUCUGGUGCAUAGCAUGACGACGCUGAAGCGGCUGCAGAUGCUGUCUACGGCGUUUGCGCAGCUGCGCGGGGUGGUGGUCAAGGGACGGCAGUAUGGCGAGGCGGCGAGGUUAUUGGGGGCGGUGGUGCAGUUGGAGGAGCAUUUUAGGGGCUUUAGGAGUGUGGAUCAGAUCGCGUUGUUGAGUAAGGAGGUGGGGGUGUUGAGGGGGGAGGUGGAAGAGCAGGUGCGGGAGGAUUUUGAGCUGGCGUGGAGUCGGGAUGAGGUGGUGGCGAAGGCGGGGGUGUUGAGGGAGGGGUGUGAGGUGGUUGAGGUGUUGGGGCCGGAGGCGAGGGCGAGGUUGGUGAAUUGGUAUGUGAAUGCGGAGUUGAGGGGGUAUAGAGGGAUUUUCAGGGGGGAUGGGGAGGCGGGUGGGCUGGAUAAUGUGGAUAGGAGGUAUGCGUGGUGGAGGAAGAUGGUGAAGGGGUGGGAGGAUGUGUGGUCUGGGAUCUUUCCGCAGGGGUGGAGGGUGGGUGAGAAGUUGGCGGAGAAUUUUGCCGAGGGGACGAGGGAGGACUAUAAGGGCGUGUUGGGGAGAAUGACAAGGGGUGGUCAGGGUGUGGAUGUGAAUCUGCUGUUGAGUGCUUUGCAGCAGACGUUGGAUUUUGAGCAGAGCCUGGAAAGGAGGUUCUCGAUAGCCGAAAGCAGGACGAGCCUCGAUACUACAGUCAGUGCUGACGGCGGACAAGGGGCGUUGGGGAAUCAUUUGAUAUCGGCAGUCUUCGAGCCGUACCUGGGCUUGUGGGUAGAUGCACAAGAGAAGGAGUUGGCGAAUCUGUUGCCACAAUACAGAGCCAGGCCGGUGAGGCCUCCUGAAGAAGACUUCAGCAGUCAGAUGGUGGUUCAUUCGGCUUCGGAGCUGUUCAACUUCUACAGGUUGAGUCUGCAACAGUGCGCGAAGCUGUCGACAGGACAAUCACUUCUGGACCUCUCGAAAGUAUUUGCGCGGUUCCUCAACCUUUAUGCGGAGCAGGUGCUGUUAUCAUGUCUGCAAGAGAAGCCAACAGGCGGAACGCCUUCACGGACACCGAGCUUGGAAGACAUCAUCACAGUGCUGAACACGGCGGACUACUGCUACAACACCACACAGAGUCUGUCCGACAAAAUCCAGUCGAGGAUAGACGAGGCAUUGAAGGAGUCUGUCGACUUGUCAUCUCAAGCAGAUGCAUUCAUGGGCAUCGCUUCUGCGUCCGUGCGGGCGUUGGUGAGAAUCGUCGAAGUGGCUCUCGAGCCGUCAUGGCGAGAAAUGCGCAAUACUGGUUGGGCAAGGAUCGAGACUGCAGCAGACAAAUCCUCCUUCAUGGCGCCUUUGCAGCAAGCUAUCCGGUCGAAAUCAGCUUCGAUCCUCGACAUGAUUCACAAACCGCAGUACUCACGCGCUUUUGCUGACAAUCUCGUCGAGCUCCUUUCCAGCACAUAUCUGGCACAGAUCGUACUUUGUCGACCAAUCUCAGAAGGUGGCGCCGAGCAAAUGCUGCUCGACCUGCACGAAUUCCGGAGCACGUUAUCCUCCAUCCUGCCUGGCGAUCCUCCGCCAGCGUCUUUCCUCAAGCGUGUCACCAACUCCUUCGGCCGGAUCGAGCCUCUGCUCAAGACCCUCCAAGUCCGCCCACAACCGCCCGAAGCACUCGUCCAAGCAUACCUCAUCCACAUCGCCGAUUUGUCCGAAAGCAACUUCCGCAAAAUACUGGACAUGAAGGGCUUACGACGACAAGAACAGACUCAGCUGAUUGAGCUGUAUCAGAUGCACAAGUUCAGUCCGCGGUACAAGGACAGCCUUACCGAGAAGUCGACCUUGCUCACACCACUCAUUCUCGCCAGUACAAACACGACUGCCGCUUCAGCGACAACAGCUGGUGCAAAUGUCGCCCUGCAGAACCUUUCUGCCCUCGGCAACAGCGCGGCUCAAUCACUGAGCACAGCAAAUCUGCCCGCGAACAUGAAGUUCGAUGCCUCCGGGCUUGGAAACGCAAUCAUGGAUCGCUUCUCGACUCCAAGUAUCGGGACGCCAAUGGCUGCGCAGAGUCCACCAGGAGGUACGGCGGGCAUGGGUAAUCCUAUGGACGGCGCUGAUGGGCAGGGGAAGCUGAACGAGAAUCUGAAGAAUAUUGGGAAGUUCUUCAAGCGGGAUCUUGGGGGCUUGGGGCUGGGAGGGCGGUUCGGGCAGGGCAGUAAGGCGACGAGUCCGGCGCCGCCGGAGGAUAGGCAUUAA